AUGGCGCCCCACAAGUACUCGGUUAUCCUGCCGACCUACAAUGAGCGCCGCAACCUCCCUAUCGUCGCCUGGCUGCUGAACCGCACCUUCACCGAGAACAAGCUCGACUGGGAACUCAUCAUCGUCGACGACGGCUCCCCCGACGGCACCCAGGAGGUCGCCAACCAGCUCGUCAAGGCCUACGCCCCGCACGUCAUCCUCAAGACCCGCACCGGCAAGCUGGGUCUCGGCACCGCCUACGUCCACGGCCUACAGUUCGUCACCGGAGACUUCGUCAUCAUCAUGGACGCCGACUUCUCCCACCACCCCAAGUUCAUCCCCCAGAUGAUCGCCCGCCAGAAGGAGGCCGACUACGACAUCGUCACCGGCACCCGCUACGCCGGCAACGGCGGCGUCUACGGCUGGGACCUCAAGCGCAAGUUCGUCUCCCGCGGCGCCAACCUCUUUGCCGACACCGUCCUGCGCCCCGGCGUCAGCGACCUGACGGGCUCCUUCCGCCUCUACAAGAAGAGCGUCCUCGACAAGGUCAUCUCCAGCACCGAGAGCAAGGGCUACACCUUCCAGAUGGAGAUGAUGGUCCGCGCCAAGGCCAUGGGCUGCUCCGUCGCCGAGGUGCCCAUCACCUUCGUCGACCGCGUCUACGGCGACAGCAAGCUGGGCGGCGACGAGAUUGUCGAGUACGCCAAGGGGGUUCUGUCCCUGUGGAUGAAGGUUUAA